ACAAGCCCUUCCCCCCCCGGGAUCCACGGUCCUUCCGUCACCUUCUUCCAAGAUGAUGAGAGUCAGGAUAUUGACUGGCCAACUCAAGAGCGCCAUCUGGAGUAUAUGGUUAUCUCGGGAAUGCACGGCAUUGUGCUCGCCGGCUCAAGCGGCGAGUCCGCUACCUUGACUCUGGAAGAGAGGGGUCAGUUGGUCAAGAAGACUCGGGAGAUCGCUAAUGCCCAUGGAAAGACCGAUUUCACCGUCACCAUGGGCUGCUUGGCUGGCAGCACAAGAGAUAUCAUGACCCAAAUCCAAACUGCCUACGACAACGGAGCUGAUUUCGUUCUCGUGUUGGUGCCAGCCGUGUUCCACUGGGCCAUGACCCAGAAAGCCAUCACUGACUUCUUCGAGGAGAUUGGCGACCGUUCACCCAUUCCCAUUGUUAUCUACAAUUUCCCCAAUCUUUUAUCCGGCCUGGACGUCAACUGUGACAUGCUAGAAAAGCUUGCUGCCCACCCUAACAUCUCCGCUGUCAAGUUGACCUGUGGAGGGAUCGGAAAGGCCACUAGAGUCGGAGCCCAGUUUGAGCCCAGUCAGUUCACCAGUGUCUCUGGAAUGAGUGACUGGCUUGUGGCUGCAUUCUCCGCUGGAAGCACAGGUUGUAUUUCAGGCGUUGCCAAUAUCUUCCCCAGAGUCAUGGUUGAAAUCUACACUCUUUUCCACGACGGGAAGAUCGCAGAAGCUACUGCGUUGCAGAAAAAGCUGGUCUUGCCAGAAUGGGGAAUCGGAACAUCCGACGUGAACGGCAUGAAGUGGAUCAUCGCGAAGACGCAUGGCUAUCCCCUCACCAGUGCACACUGUCGCCGCCCGUUCCCGAAGUUCUCAGAUACCGAGAAGCAGGAUCGUGUCGUCCGCUUAGUCGCGCCCCUGAUCCCUGUGGAGGAGGCACUGAAGGCGAAGGCAUAG